AUGAACGAGAGCACCUACAAAGCAAACCUUGAGCUCCUAUCUGCUGCUCUAUUCAGUAGUGCCUCAUCCACACGAACCAACCUCGCCAAGGGCUUCGUCGGAACUGAUCAAGACCGCAUAUACGGCGCCGUAGUGUGCCGCGGUGAUGGCGCCGUCGAUGCCUGCCCCAGCUGCAUCACCACGGCAUUCCAGGAUGUGUGGCGGGUGUGCAGAAACCACAAGGAGGCGCAUAUCCUAUACAAGGAUUGCAUCGUCCACAUCUCCGCGAAGGACCUUAUCUACGACUCCACUGUUGUGCUGAACAGGUUGCUGGUCUCUACGGACACCACAAAACACAAUAUGGAUCCCAACAUCCCCAGCGAGGUGAGCGCCAAGUACACCGAUGGCAGCAUUGAUGGCAGCAUCAAGGUGCUGCUUCAAGAGACAGCCAAACAAGCAGCCUACAACUCGACGAUGAUGUACGCCACCGGCCGCAUGGAUGUCUACAGCACAAUCCCGCUGCUCUACUCUCUGGCGCAGUGCAACCUGGACCUACCGCCAAAUGACUGUUGGGAUUGCCUCGACAAUAUCAGGAGCGCGGCAAAGAGUUUCUUCUACCAGCAACGUGGUGAAUGGAUUGCUGGUGUGUGGUGCAAUUUCAGGUAUAGCACAUAUCAGUUCUACGAGGGCCAGCCAAUGCAGCAUAUCACCUUGUCGGGUGCUGUAGAUCCAACAACAAACAUGCCGGCACCCAAGCCGGCGCCAGGGCCAGUUAAUCUUCCCAGGCAGAAAGACGAGACUCCCAGCCAUAAACACAAGAGGAAUAUAAUAAAGGUUUUGAUCAUUACCACUGUUGCGUUUCUACUAGCAUCAUUUUUCUGCUUCAUCGUUUGGCUUGGACUGGUCAAAAGGCACACAAAAGAUAAACUCUGCCUUUUGAAUUUAGGUAAACUGAGCUCACAGGAAGAUGAAGAACUGGUCUGGGGAAUAGGAAGGAGUCCAGAGUUCAAGCUUUUUGAUUUUUCAGAAGUAUCAAGUGCUACAGAUAACUUCUCAGAUGAAAAUAAAUUGGGGCAAGGUGGCUUUGGUCCAGUAUACAAGGGCCAGCUUCCAGAAGGUUUGGAGAUAGCAAUUAAGAGACUUGCUUCACAUUCUGGGCAAGGUUUCACAGAGUUCAAAAAUGAAGUCCAACUCAUAGCCAAGCUCCAGCACACAAAUCUGGCAUGGAAGUUGUGGAAAGAAGAAAGAUGGCUUGAGUUUGUUGACGAAUCAAUAGUUUCAGAGUCACAUGCAUCAGAGACAAUGAGGUGUAUCAACAUCGCGUUGCUGUGUGUACAAGAGAAUGCAGCUGAUAGACCCACCACGACAAGCGUGGUUACGAUGCUAAGCAGCGAAAGUAUAGUCCUGCCUGAACCUAAGCAUCCAGCAUAUUUCCACGUAAGGGUAGCGGAUGAAGAGCCGCCUAGCGCUAACGAUGUGACAAUGUCUGCUCUACAGGGCAGAUAA